GACCCCCAACGGCGUAGAAGCCAAAGUUACUUGCUACUUUCGACGACGUGAUAUAUCAAACACCUUAAUACAGCAGGCUGAAAAGUUUUGUGAGUUAGUUCUGGCGUUCUGUGUUUCUCCGUCUGACUUUAAAGUUUUCCCACUCUUAGGUGAUUUUAAUGCUGGGGCCGGUGAUCCUUUUUGCAACUGGGUAAAGGAGGCGGCUUUGUACAAAAAGGAGCGAAUUCGUCCUGAUCACGCUAUUCCUAUUUUCCCAAAUGUCGGAAAGUGUACAGUGGCUUUAUACAAUGAGGUAGAGCCCUUGACUUCCUACGUGGAACGUGAGGAUGCUUUCUACUAUCGCCUCAUUUACGAUCCCAGCACAAAACGGCUCCUGGAGGAUCGAGGCUCCAUGCGGAUCGGAUCUGAUUUCCAAUCAGAGAUUCAGCCCCUUUUGGCAAAAGGUGAGAAGGACCCCCGGUUUAAACAGAACCUGGAGGAGCCGGUUUGGAACCCUUUGAACUCCCCUCCCACCUCGGAGAUGGACACCUUCAUCAGCGCGGUGAAGGCUGUCGGUCUCUACGGUCGUGCGUGCGACCCUGCCAGCAGCCAGCAGCACCCCCUGCUAAUCAACGCCGCAGCCGCUGCAAGCAGGGAUGUCACUCUCCAAUUUGCUCAUGACAUCCUCUACAAAGCCGGCUUCGAUGUCCAGAAAGCCAUGUCUCUUCUUUUGCCGGACGGUCAGCCAGUCGUCUGUAAAGAUGAACUAGAGGCUUGGACGGCUAGUGAGGCAGGUCUUUUCGAAGAGGCCUUGGGCAAAUACACUAAGGUUUUCCCGGACAUUCUCACCGACUUCUUACCCUGGAAAACCUCCAAGUCCAUUGUGGAAUUGUACUACUUCUGGAAGACAACAGAUCGCUACAUCCGCCACCGGAAAAACAAAAUGGUCGCUAAAGAGCAGAAGCUCAAGCAAGUGUACAUUCCCGACUACAGUAAGCCCAACUCAGCUGUACUCUACAACCGAACCGAUGGAAAUGAUCGCGGCUGUGAAUGCUGUUACGUUGAAAGUUCUCCCCAGUGGUACGCAUGGGGCCCGCCCAACCUGAUGUGCCGACUUUGUUCGGGAUGCUGGACAUACUGGAAGAAGUAUGGUGGUCUCAAGAAUCCGGAUAAGAGAGGUGCCCCCGUAAAUUCACGGCCAUCCCCCGAACAACGCGUUCAAGGUGAUUUGUGUUCUUUUUCAUUUUUUUUCUCGUUCUCGCCUUGCCCCGAUCGCGCCUCGCUUAACCUCUCCCCCCUCCCCUUCCCGCCGACCCCCUCGCCUGCGCGCCCCUACCCGUCCCUCGGUGUCUGCACGAAGAUAUGUUUCUUUCCCGUAGAUCGCCUCGAGGCACGAAGAUCCGCUGCUUCGGCGGCAACCGUGUCCACUUCCCCCACAGGAUCCCAUGAAAACACUGGAGUGGAUCACCAGCGGGCGCCCGCACACCAUCCCCUCUCUGACGGGAGCCUCACCUCUACCAUUUAUCGCUGUGGUCAACCUGAUUGUGUCAAGGAGUUUCGCAGUAAGGACAACUUGGCCAUUCAUCUAGCCCAGGUGCACAACGUGCCAACCACCUCCGCCUGCAUCGAUCCGGCCAGUGUGCCCGUCAUGUUGGCCAAUGUCGCCGGGGUAUUCCAACACGGAGCCGGCACUCAGUGUAUCCUUACUCCCGCAUCCCUCCGCAUAGUUCGCACGCUCUGCCCCCUCCUCUUGCGUCCUUCCGUGUUAGCGCGUCGUCCCACAAAACUCGCCAACUCAACUGCUCAACAACGGCCUCCCUCUGAACCAAUCAUACCCACUGACGACCUCAUGGUGCGUCUCAAAACCCUAGGUACGUCGCGAUCUGUCUUCUUUGCAUGCUGUUUGAGCUGGCGAUCAAACGCAGUUUCUCUACCCCUCAUUUUUCUGCUUAAAGCCAAGUCACGUAUCCCCGCCUUGCGUGACCCGCAAGCCGUACUCAACCGAAAACUACCUAUCCGUCCACUUGCUUCGGUCAUCAGGAAGCUGAAGCUCCGGGUCGGCAGUGGAGACGGGUCCGCCGCGGUCUCUUUGAAACGCCCUCUCGACUCUGGAGCGCUGAUUCACAACGGCGGAGGAGACAGUACGAGUGGAGGGGUCAACACCACCGCUCUUUCCAUAAAUGGAGAUGAUCAGCCGUUGGAAAAGAAACAGCGAGUGGCCAUUUCAGACAACUGCGGCAGCAACGGCCACGUGAUUCCGUAG